AAAUAGUCAGCAGCUGGAGGAGUGCGUGUAAAUACUAGUCUGUGUCUGUGAUAACUGUACAGUCCGAUGUACCAUAACUUUUUAAGCCGUUUGGAUACCUCUAUAACCUGCAGGGAAGAGUUUACAUAUACUGUAUGGUCGUGUCUUGUGUAAAGUGUGUGCCUCAAUCUCGGCAACUUGAGAGGUUAUAUUGAUGAUACUUAUAACUUGGUGAGAGUCCCCCAUUGUGAGUGAUGUGCUGUCUGUGUAAAUCAUGACACGAAACACGGCAGUCGGUGCUGCAUGUGUACUUAACCUGUUGACACUGAGUGCAUGAGGAUGCGGGACUUCUUGAGGAAGAGUCCCUUGAGAGUGAGCGCGGGGUCAUCCUCAGGCGGGCUGAAGAUACCGUCGCGCCCCCCGGCGGUGGAGCACACCAGUAAGGGUAAAGAUGGGUCGGGGGUGAGCAAGUUUACGUCGGUUAUGAAGAUGCGGACCUUCCGGGGUAGCGUGAGGAAGAAGGUGGCCGAGCUGGAAGCUCAUUCCUCCCUGAAGGUAAAUACGAAGGAAAGUCGUCCCCACCAGGAUGAUAGCAACAAGGCCAGCACCGCCAGUCCUCCUCAACCCGAGAGAGUCACAGGGAACAGUCCUACGGUGGCCCCGCUGCCCACACACUACGAGGAGGCUGACGGUGAUGACCAGGACGGAGGGGAAGGUAAGGUCUACCAACCCUCGCACCCGUCGCCUCAAGUGGGGGAGGCGGAUGGGAAAGCUGAGGAAGCCAGUAAGGACGAGGAACACACGGAGUCCGAGGCGGAGAGUGUGUACGAGUCCCGCAAGCUGAUGUUGAGGCGGGUAGUGCAAAAUGAGGCUCAGGAGGUCAAGCAAGGUUACACCUCCAAUGACCUCUCAGACGCUGACUCCUGGGCCGACCUUGAGGAGAACUUCGCCAAGAUUUACGAACCCAUCCCCUUUCGGGUUCGCAAGGAGGCCUGGCACAACAUGAACAAGGAUGAGCUGCUCUACAAUAUCAACAGCCAAAGAAUGAGGUCACACCUGAAGUACAUGAGCAGGAAGGAGAUUCUCCAAGAGAUUGAUAACGUGCGAGAGCAUCCGGUUCACUUCGCACAGAACUACGGUGAACCCAAGAGCUCGGGCAAGAAGGUGCCAACUGGCCAGUGUCAACUGACCACCUCCCCGCGUCAGCAUCAGGUGGUGGUCGAGGUUCACCAGCCACAAAACCCAGAAUACCAGAGUGACACUGACAGUGAGUUUGGGGAGACAGAUUACGUGACCCGGUCGGAACUGUACCGCAACAUCCAGAAUCUACAGAACUCUUUGGCCAGACACAACAGCUUGCUGGUGGAGGAAGACAGUCAGUCGUGGAAGUCGUUGCCCAGCCAACCCGACGACCCUGUUUACAUAUCCCGUUCAGAGAUCUUGUCCAAAGUUGACCCGACCUACGGCUCGAGGCCUGAGGUCGCCAGGCCUCGGGAGAUGAUGCAUAAGGGUGGCAAGGGGAACGCCUAUUUGUCUCGCUCUGAGAUACUGACACGUCUGAAAGAGAUGCGGGAGAGUGAAGAUGAGCGCGGCCUCUCGCCCACCAACACCGCCGACUCCAAUUGGGACUUGUGUUCUUGUGUCUCUUGUGAGCAGUGCGGCGCCGACAACAGCUCGAGCUCUGAGGCCGAGUGCCAGUGUGGCGCCAAGCAAGCCAGAGGCAAGAGACAUGAAGAGCCCACUAGUCCCCACAGGCUCCCCUCGCCCGGGGACCGAUCUCUUCUCUCCCAAGAUUCCUGGUCCAACGGAGAGUUCGAGAAAAUAUAUGAGCCUCUGAACGGCCCUGCAAUAGCGCAGCGACGCGACUUCCUCGUCAAUCGCACUUUAGAAGAACAAGAGAAACGCCUCCGGACACUGGCUCAAGUGGAGGAGUAUCAUUCUGCUGGUGGUAAAAGUAAAUAUCUUCCAAUCGAUGUGUGGAGCCUGAGCGAGAGUGAAGACGUGUACGAGUCUCUGGCACGUGUGGCUCGCGUGUCUUUACGGGGUGGAAUCACCACCACACUGACCCCGAUCACUAAAAAACGCAAAAAAAUUGGAGAGGGUGUUAGUGGUGGUGACCCGGAACUACAGCGACGCGUGCGGGAGAUCAUAGAUGGUCAGAAGCAGAUCAACACUACCACCAGGAACAAGGUGAUGCAAGCCAUCACUGAACACAUACAUCACCACCUUGAUCUUGACGACUUUGAAGAUGAGGAAGAGAGGAAUCAUGAGAUAAGAGUGCGGCUGAAGGAGGCAUUGGCGCAGGACUGGGAGACCCUCAGCAACAUCAACCUGGGUCACAUUUACGUCCCGAUGGAGGAGAGUUCCAAAAGCUCUAAGUUAGGGAGCAGAGAAAACACUGACUAUGACACUUUUGGCAGCAUCGAUUCACUCAUUUUCGAGCCAAAGGUUUCGGCCAUCACGGAGGUGUCAGAUGAGGUGACCGUGUCUAGUGUAUUGAGCAACAGCAUCAGCACCGACAGCCUCCUGGACAAAGCUCUCGAGCAAACACACGACACAGGUGACCCUGCAACUAAUGCCAUGAAGUUGCUAGAUGAUGCACUGCAACAAGAAGAAAGGAAGGAGCAAAAUCUUAAAGAGGAGGAGGAGAAGGAAGAAGAAGAAACUCCAGUUCCUACACCAACUCCCUCUACACCAGUAGCAGAGAGUGAGCAGGAACUACCCAUCUACGACACAGACGAUGACCCCCAGCCUCAGGAACACCAAAUUCAAGAUAUCCAAAGCAUCUCUAGGGACAACCCCCUCAACAUGAAGGAACAUCCGUGGCCUUGGAGUGUGAGCAGCCAGGACCACCGUGGAGGCUCCCAGUCCGUCAAAGACCACGUCAAGUUGCCCCUCAAGCAGAAGAUAUACAACGGCCUGAUGGGGUUGGGGUUUUUAAGGUUUGGCUCCAAGGAAAACAUAAAAUCACCUGUUCUUGCCAACGACCGAGGCAAACACACAAAUUUCGAGGUUUCUGGCACAGACACCCCGACAUCGGAGGAGUCACACAAGUUGCCUGUGAUGAUGAAACUCCAACGAGAACAGUCUCGGAAGGACCAUCACGGAUACGAGUCAUUCAAGAUGGAUUUUCAGCGGCUGUCCGGCAAGAGGUUGCCCAGCGAAGAGGAUUCAACCUACGACUACCACCCAGACCACAACGAACCUCUGUACCACGGCGGCACCACCACCAGCCACGAUACAGCCGACUCCGAGACGGACAGCGUGACCAGUCUGGAGAGCGUCAUCUUCAAGGGCAACCUCGCGGAGAAACCCGGCGCCACCGACCACGAGGACAAGAAAAAGAAGAAAAAUUUAUUUCGACACAAGUAUGUCGUAAACCAAGAUAACGAGUCCGAUACGAGUGAACUGAUUGAGAACAAGUCGAUGAGUCUAAGUACUCAGCCUUACCUGGACUCUGACACCUCGUGGGAUUACAUGGAGGCGGUGGACGAGGAGAAGGCAGCCAUGCAAAGGUACGCGGCUGUUAUGGAGGCACAGGCCGAGAGGACCUCGGUGACUCCCGGCCCUCGAGUGGUGGGCAACAUGCGCAGAAAACACAUAUACCAAGGUGUAAACAACAUCGAGCGCUCACAAGCAACUGUGUCUCCUGAAGGGGGGAAGUCACCUCUCCCGACAACUUCUGAGGAAACUUUGCCAAAUGUGGAGGACAUCGGUGACCGUACCUCCACACCCUCCUCACCCACCUGCCAGAUGGGUCAUACGCGAGCAAUCAGUAUCACUGAUUACACUGACGAAGAGACGGAUGGUCGGCGGCUAUUUCGAGCCUUCCAACGGCGCCAGUUUCGACCCCCGAGUGACUCUGAGCGGCACGACGGUGGUGGCAGCACCAGUACCGCCACACACGACUACCAAGAGACGGAGGAGGACGUGUAUGAGGUGUGUAACUCUGGAGGGAGUCCUGUGCAGCAUAGCCAAGGUAACUCGCCGGUCGUACUGUUGAAGCACCACGUGUACCAGAGCAUCGAGUCCCUCGCCUCCCGCCUCUCCUCCACACGCUCCAUCAAGACGCCCGCCACGGAGGAAACUCUGGAUGACGGCGAGCUGCAGUUCUACGGCUCACGUCACGGAGAGCCUAUCUAUGGUGUCCGCAACUCCCGCCUCUUCCACUCGAUGAACGGGGCCUUCGUUAGCCGAAACAGGAGCGAGGGCGUAGUUGACCCGCCGGUCAUUAUACGCAAGGGCAGGGCCGUGGAACUGACGGAAGAAAUGUUUAGAGGAACGCUCGACCGUAAACUGUCAGCUCAAGAUUUGGAGGAUAACCAUCAGAACAUGACCUUCCACACCACCCUCCUGCCAUCCUCCCUUCAUCAGGAGGAUCGUCUCUACUUCCAUAACACCGUCUCUUCUACAGAGUCACGGGAGGUCCACUCAUAUGAGAAUGACAGCGAGAUCUAUGGCACACGCCAAGAAAUUCGCGAGGAAAUUCUCCAGGCUUCCCGUGAACAGCUUGAUGUUGAAAAUCUGGAGGAAGAUUUGGUUAAAAAUUCGUCCUCAGUGGCUGCCACAACACCUUCGGGGGAGGACGAGGAGGCCAAGGAUGGGACGUCGACGGCCAAGAUCAAGAGGGUGCAAAAACUGGGGGUGUCCAUCUUGGGCAACAACAACGACAUGAUGAUCCGUGAACUGAAGCUCAAAUUGAGACGCAGGUUUAACCCAGAUGAUGACAGCGGUGGCGAGGAAGAGGAGGCCGCCGAGAAGCCUCUAGUGAAUCCUCAAACCUCCGACAAGGGACCUCUAACAACCACUAUCUCGACCGACUCCAUCAACUCGGUGGCACUGAAGAGGGAGCAGCUAGCCCCUCACAUGAGCAAGAUAUUUGGCUCGCUGUACGAGAGGCGGCGUCAAAACAUUGAGACUGGGGUAAGUAGCAAAGAGGAGAUCAUAUGUACAGAAGGUGAAUCUGAAGGACAUGGACCAACAAAGUCAGACAUCAAGAAAGACACUAAGGAGGAAAAACAGGAAAAGAACGAGAAAGAGAAGGAUAGGGAGAUGAUUACGGUACAAAGGGCUGACGGGGGCGUGGAACAAUUAUAUUUGCCCACGCCAGACUACACGCCAUUCUCCACGCUACCGAGAGAGGACAGUAACCGCGCCAUUCUGGCUUUUGACGAUCUCAUGGAUCACCAACUGGCCCAGGAUGAAGACUACAGUUUUGACCUGGCCGACCUGGCCAAGUUUGUCCACGAGCACAUCUCCAGGAACAAGAGCCUCUACUCGGAUCCCGGCGGCAUCGACGCCUCUCUCACACCUGUUGCCCAGGCGAAGCAGAGGGCGUCGGUGGCGUGGAUUGUGCAGAAGGCCCACAAGAACAAGGUGCCCGGAGACCUUCAAGACCCCUACUACCGUGACUAUGAGGGGGCAGAACACCUUAAACCGGGCAUUGUGCACCGGCUGGCCAAUGCAGACCUGUACUGCUCUGCACUGGCCAACAUUUACGGUGACCCAAACUUCCACAACCUUAGCCACUGGAACAUCAUACAGGCCUUGGCCAGGAAGGGGGUUUAUGUUGCCGAGCCCACAGAUGUUGCCCUCACUGAGACAGUACUCAUCCAGGUCACUCCCAUCAAAAUGUCUGCUCAUUUGGCUGUGAUAGAGGCUAUGAUGGCCCUGUACAUCAGGGAGGUGGUGGUAGCAGAUCGAGCAGUCACGGUGCUACAGCGUGUCAGUGGUGGUGUAAUGCCUGAUCGCACUCCACAAGACCAGGAGGAAGCGCUUGUGCUCUGGAUCAGUCAUGUCACGCUGGCCUUACAAGAGCGAAUACAUCAACAGGUUCAUUCUCAGGACCAGGAGAUGCCAGUUUUUCCCCGCAUCCAAGACCUGAGCGAUCUGAGUGAUGGCAUCGGUCUGGCUGCUCUCGUAGCCUUCUACUGUCCCCAGGAACUCCCAUGGGGAGAUAUAGCAGUUGCUGAUCCUCCCUCCAUUGCUGAUUCACUAUAUAACAUUGGUCUGGUCAUUAGAUUUUGCCAAGAGAGCCUCCCAUACAACCCGUGUCUCCUAACCAAAGAAGACAUUGUAUAUAUGCAUAGCUCAGUGAAGCAGAAUGUGCUGGCCUUCGCAGCAGAGCUAUUUUUUCUUCUAGAGCUGGAACCUGUCUCGUGCGUGUCACUGCCAGGUACGAAGAAGACAUCCACAAAAUUUAUCCAGCUCUCUUCCCCAGGUGGUGGUGGGUGCAGCGGUUGGAGUGGGUACCAACGGAGUAUGAAGGUCAUCCCUGACCUUCGAGCGAGCCUCUCACCCUCCUCGGCCCACUCCACCGCCUCCUCCUCCUAUUCUUCCGCCCGGUCUUCCUCCCAUUCACAGCAUUCACAGCAACGAUCGCCCUAUUCCACGCUAAGAGGUCGGGGAGGAGUCAAAUCACCAUCCUCAGGGGGAAGCGGAUCAGGAUCAGGGACGGGGACCGGGUUGAGACGACAACAAUCCCUGACGGAGCGUGACCGGCUACGCAGGGAUCGAGUCUCCGUCCAUGAGGAUGAAGAGGGGGCAUGCGGGGGGUUCAACUGGGGGUCUAUAUACCCUCAAUGGUGGUGGUCUUGCAAUCAUGAGGUGACAGACCGCGACUGCAUAUACUGCUGGAGACAAUACCAGUCACAGACCUUCGGUGAUCAGUACUCGUACUAUCUGGCCUCAGCCCACACCUGCCAGCCCACCCGGCAGGAGCUGACCCCUGCCGUUGGGACGAACCAUGGCAGGGGGUACCCGCAGGGCCUCGGCUACAACAUACCCGUUAGAGACGGCCCCCACUACCCUCUUCCACCCAGUCAUGGCCUGUCACAUGAACGUGUAAGGGCACGGGCCAGUCACCCAGCCCAUUUACAGGACUAUGGAAUGAAAACUGCUGGAGCCCCCAGUGUACGGCGGUCACACUCUAUGAAUUUAAAUGACAUGACGGACAUUAGAUCAAGGGUGGAGCAGAGAACAGACAAGUCUGAGAAUGCACCAUCCUCCUACAACAGUGACUAUGGUGGCAGGGACAGCUCAAUGAGUGAUGGCCAAGAGGGUGACUUUGUUGUACAAAGAUCACGAGGACUUGCCACUCUCAGUGACAUGAUGCGCGCAGUGUCUCCGAGACCCUCACAAGAAUUAGAUGCGCCGUACUCCUCCAGAUCUACUACCAAAGAAAAAUAUAACAUGGACAGUAAAGAAGAAGAAUUAGGUGAGAGGAGUAGAGGGCUCAGUCGGCGUGGGAGCUUUAAUAACUCUCACCCUGAUCUCCCAGCCGCCGGUAUGCCCUCUCGCUAUGAAGAGAGACCACAUGGCCGUUCAAGAUCUCGUCGCAAUUCAAUUAGUGCAGAGGACUCCCAGUUAACAAUAGAAAAUUUUGGUGGAAGCCAAGACAACUUAAAUUACAUUUCCAGAAAUCCUGAUAAAGAACCUUUUGUACACACUGGUAGAAGGGAGAGUUCGAACUUGGAAGGGUCACAUCUGCGGGACUCUCGAGAGGGCAGUGCGAGGCCUGAAUCUCGGAGCAGUCGUGAGCGAAGCGUUGAAAGGCGGUUAGACUUCCAUCGUGGUAGCAUUGAGGAGUUAGAUAAUCGGUUGGUAGAUAAAUUAGAAAGAGAAGCUCUGGAACGUGAGAAACGUGAGCCUUCCCAAUAUACGAGCAAAGAAAGAUUGAUAGUGCUAGACCCUAGAAAAAGUUCAAUGGAGGUAAUGGACUCUGGAAGUGAGAGUGACGUUUCAUUUGAUAGAGAAAAGCAAAUGGUAAAAGCUACUAGUUUUGCUGAGCUUUCAAAAUUAAAAGAACAGCUUCCAGGAGGUAUUAAUAUUAUUUACAUGCAAUCAGACAAGGAUGAUUCGUCCAGGAGGAGUAGUAGUAAAGGUUCAGAGAAGAAGACCACCUUUGCUGCCUUGCCCAAUCAGACCACUUGGAAGCAACAGAGUGCCCAAAGUCACUCUGAUGAUAAUAAAUCUGUUACAGAUGAAAACAUGGAACCACAAGUCAUGGCCUCAGAACUCCACAACGUUAGACUAAAAUUAGAGGAGAAACGUCGGAGAAUAGAGGCAGAGAAGAGAAAAAUGGAACAGGCAAUGAAUAAACAACGGCAAAAGCUAGGCAAGGAAGCAUUCAUGCAAGCUGUUGUGAAAGGGGGAAAGGGGUCCUCUACGGGAUCCUCAACCCCCACCACGUCAGAGCCAGAUGCUUUGGACACAAUGGUAGAUUCAGUGGAACAAUCCUUGCCAAAGCAUCCCUCCUCUCUUACCACCACUGCUACUCCAUCUAAUCCAGACUUAUCGCUGAAGGUAACCGAUAUAGGGUCUGAUGUGAACAGUUUGUCCAGACGAUGGUUGGAGGGGGAACAGCAGACGGAAGAGUUGCGCACCCCGGACCUUGACACCAUGGACUACGACCAAUACCACCAGUCUCUGACACAUGGGGAGAGUGGUUUGGAGGGCUCUCGACGCUCUUCCUUGGACCACCCUUAUGCUGUACAGUUGCGGCGGAGAUCCUACGUAGGCCGAGAUCCUAGAGAGCGAGCCUCCCGAGAUCCAAGAGUGGACCCACGUCGAAUGAGCCUGUACCUGGAGCCUGGCACCUGGCGUUCUGCUAACGAUCCUGGAACACUACCUCUGACACCCCCGCGUCGCGUCUCCAUGGGCCCAGACUCUUUUACACCACCUUACAGGAUGACCGACUCCCUUACCGAGAUCCAGAGCGACAUCCAGCGCCUGUCACACCAGCAGCAGCAGAUUCAAAGCCUUAUGCACAACGGAAUGAAUCCACCAACCAACCAGGCUAUGCAACAACAGCCACCUCAUGGGCAAUUUUAUCUCCAUGACCAGCAGGGCAGCCCAGUGCGACGUAUGUGGGGCCAGCAGUCGGGCAGUGAUGGUUAUUCGUCCAUGUCACCAGCCACCAGACGUGCCCAGUGGGGGCCAGCCAGACCUAUGAUGCCCCAGAGUGACUAUAUGAUGGCUGGCCAACAUCCCCCCAACUAUUAUCCUGGUUACCAGAUGACCCACCCUGGCCAGAUGCCUCCAUUGAGCCAAGUGAACACUCAACAACCCCAGAUGGGUAGCAGCACAGGCCAUGGCUUCAUGCUUCACAGCCAAACACAGUCCCUACCUCCUCAAGCUAUGUACCAGAAUGGCCAAGGAUUUUAUAGUCCUGAGCAUCAGUUCAGAGGGUAUCCUCCCAAUGCACAAACAUAUGGUCCCAGUGACCAACAAAGACAAAUGGGCCAGACACCACCCUUCAGAUUACACGGGGAAGGCACAGGUGGAGAUGGUUGGGGCCCUGGUGGGGAUGGUCGGGGCCCUGGUGGGGAUGGUCGGGGCCCUGGUGGGGAUGGUCGGGGCCCUGGUGUGGAUGGUCGGGGCCCUGGUGUGGAUGGUCGGGGCCCUGGUGUGGAUGGUCGGGGCCCUGGUGGGGAUGGUCGGGGUCCAGGAAGCCUCAGGUCCAGUGCUCAAUCUUCUCCAAGCAGACAACCUCCACAACGUCAACAGAAUUCUCCCAGUCCCACUAGGCAGGUGUCUGUUUCUCAUGCCCCAGUUGCUGCCCCACCACCUGAUGACAUGGAGCCACAAAAUGUUUCAUUCAUUAAUUCUACAGAUGGACAACAUGGCGAAAAUCAGAGGGAUGACACUAGUGAUAAAUUAAAAAGGUUAUCCAUCACUUCGGGUAGUAAAACGUAUCGAAUUUCCCAUGAACCAGGCUCACCAACUAGACCUUCUUUAGGAGUGAAAACUUUCAGAGUCCCAACUAAGAAGGGCACCCCAGUUUAUGAUGAUGUAGACCUACCCCAGCCUGCCCCACCACAGAGGUCUCGGACUCCACCGUACCACCAGGAUUUCGGUGGACACGAUUAUGAUGAAGAUGAGUUGGAUAUUAAGGCAGAACCUCUUCAAGAGGGUCCAAAAGUUGAUAAAGGGUUUUACAUAUCUUUUGAAAGUGAUAUUGUCCCAAGAAAACCUAAACCCCAAUUACGUACUAAGAAAAUGUCUCGAAAAAAUUCCAGUCCCUCAACUCCAGCAACGACACCCAGCAGAGAAGAUCUUCCUGUUGUACCUGUGUGUGUGGCCAUUCAGGACCGACCCAGUCGGAUCUCCUAUGGUUCGUUUGAUGCUCAGCGUGGCAGCAUGACCCAAGCCCAUAGCCCCAGCAUGGCCCAAUCACCUUUUACUAUCAGUAGUCUACAGUCAAGUUCAAAGAGUGGCUGUCCUUCACCCCAAACAAAUGGGCUCUCCUAUAACUCUCCUUCGGAGACUGAACGGGAGGAGGAGCAUGAACCUCAUCCCGAGGUGCCUUUAGAAAAAAUGGCACCCUUUACUAGUAAGAAGCGACUAACAGAAUCCACUUCUGGCAUGGCCAUUGUCAUUGGGGAUGACGUAACCAACAAUAAGAAUUCGACUGCAUCAGAGAUGGAGAAGAAGAAGGAACGCCUCAUGAUGAUGUCCAUGAAGCGGAAACAGGAACAGGAGGAGGCAAGAUUAAAGAAAGAGAUGGAGGCCCAAGAGAAACGAGAAGCAGAAAAAUUUAAAGAGGAAGAGAAAUUACGAAAGAAGGAGGAAGAAAAAGCAAGAAGGCAAAUUAUUCUAGACAGAUAUAAAGUCAAGAAGGCCAUGGAGGAAGCAGAGAAAGAGGGUCGGUACUAUGAACCUCCACCCGGGAUGAGUCCGGACCCCCCUAGUUCUUCACAUGGAAAAGCAUCAGUUCGCUUAAGAAGUAAGCCACCUGGGGGCAGUAGACCGCGGCCCAAGACUAUGGCUGGAUCAUCAGUGUCAGAUGCCACAGAUGGGGAACUAACACCUAGUCGAGGCAAAAAAGGGAGCUCACAGAACAUUGCUGGUGAGGUUGGGAGGAGAGGCGAAGGCGGCGGAUCUGGCAGCAUGAGGAAGAGCAGCGGGCGAUGGGGGUCGUCACAAUCGCUCUCACGUGCAGCUGGCUCUCGCGGAUCCAGUGGCAGCCUAGCCGGAGACUAUCCCAGCACGACCCGCACCCUGGACCGCGGCCACACAGGCAGACGUCCCACCUCUGUUAUUGGGUACUCCUCAAUCGGCCGAGGGGAUGGCAGGAAAGCUUCACUUUAUGGCUCCCAAAGUGAUGGCCUCAAUUAUGGUGGGGGUUACCGUGUGCAUGAGGCGCGGCGACCCAGUCUCGCCCUGGAAGGUGCUGGCUCUAGGCUGAGGCGAGGAUCUGCCUCCUACAACAGUGGCAGUCCAUCUGCAGGAUACAGGAAGUACCGGUCAACUGGCAAUCUGAGUGGUCAAAGUGAGCAUGACAGCCUGGUGUACCACAUGAGUGAGGAUAGUGGCUUGGGUCGUGCCACUCCACCCCGCCGUGCCCCCUCCCCAGGGAUGGCACGUCACUUGCCCUCACCAUCUGGUCCUGGUUCCCUACCUCCUGGUCUAUUCUGUAAAAGACGGCAAGGCGGGUUUGAUGAUGCAGCCAGUGAUAUCUCGUCCACUGCAAGUUCCACUAUGGACUAUUUUGGUCCAAAACUAUUUAAGCAGCCAACUGCCAAGUCCAAUCGAACAAUCAUCCUCAAUGCAGUUGAGUACUGUGUCUUUCCGGGCAUGGUGAACCAGACUGCCAAACACAGAGUCCUCGAAGAAAUAGCACGUUCUGAAUCGAAACACUUCCUUGUCUUAUUCAGAGAUGUUGGUUGCCAGUUCCGAGCCAUAUAUUCCUUUAACCCAGAUACAGAAGAGGUCUGCAAGCUGUAUGGCACAGGCCCUAAACAAGUCAAUGAUAGGAUGUUUGACAAAUUCUUCAAAUACAACUCAGGAGGAAAAUGCUUCUCUCAAAUUCACACUAAGCAUUUGACUGUUACUAUUGAUGCUUUCACCAUCCACAAUUCUCUCUGGCAGGGCAAGCGUGUGAACCUCCCUUCCAAAAAGGACAUGACACUCGUAAUUUAAGUUUCUUGGUAAACCAGCUUCUCGUUUACUAAACCCACAGACAGUAUAUUUUGGUACUCUUACAUGUGCUGUGAGAAUAUGUCUGAUGUGGCUCUGCUGCUCCAAUUGGGCUCUCAGUGAGAAAUUUAUGAGCAUUUUUAUACAAAGUUUAAUUCUGAAUAUAGAUCAUUGUAUUAUUUUGCUUGAAAGAAAAUUCUCGUGUGGGCCUGCAUAGUGUCGAGAUGCUGAUUUUUUCUUUUGUAUUGAGGAAGUCCUCUCAACGGGUGAAUUUUUUUUAGGAUAAACAUGCCAUUUGUGUGAGACAGCAAGCCUUUUCCUCAGCCUUUGCUCACACAAUUAUUUCCCCCAAUAAACAGCCUUAAAGCAUUUAAAGGUUUUGGUUGUGGCUUUGUUGGUCAGUAUAACCAAUUAGUCAGGUUGUUUACAAACAAGAAUUUGUUAGUGGCUCAUCCUUGACCCUUAUAGGGGUUGGUGAUCUAAGUAAAAGUUUAAGUUAUCUGGCAGCCUUCCCAGUGUGCUGGGAGCAAUUUUCAAAGAAUGAGGGGGGGAUAGGAAAAAGUUUUAUCAGGAUGGGGAAUAAAGUUUAUGGGUCUGAAAAUUAUGUUUAUUAUGGUAAGGAAAUUGCCAUCAACUUCUAUUAUGGCUGGAAUUGGAAGUUGACUUCAUAUCCUGCCAUUAGCAGCCUUCACAAAAUGCUCUGUUAAACUUCAUUGUUGGAAAGUGCCCCAUUACAAGCCAAAUAUGAUUGUUCUCAAAACCGAAGACUUCUAGAAAAUUAUGGCUAGGUUAGUACGUGUUAGGAUCUCUCAUUUUGAAUUUGCCAUUACCUGUAGGGGGUGCCAUAAUGUCAGACUUGAAAGUGAAUGUGAUGAUUGUUACUUAAUUACAAAGGUCCUUGCAACCAUUAGAAUGCAAACAUCAGGAUGAAGUUGAAGAUGUGAGAUCAGCAGGGCACAUACUUUGUUUGCAGUGUUAACUAAUGCAAUUCCAUAUAACAUUCGCUUCUCGUACUAAAUCUGUGAUUCUUGUGAUCGUUAGGUAAGACUUGCAUCAGGCGUAUGUAAGUAGCAUCUCCAUGUAUUUUUAGAAUGUACGUAGCUUACUGGAAGAGAGACAACAACUAAGACUGAAAAAUACCUGGGUUGGAGCUAAGCCUUGCUUGCAUAAUCCUGACGAUACAAUUAAUUCCGACUUGUCUAGAUAUAAACUAUAGUGUUGAACUUGUAUAUAUUAGAAUGUGAUAGGGGAAAUGAUGUUGGAUGUGUAAACAUUCCCAUUUUUCCCAAAUACUCACAAAGAGACUGUAUAUCUGAACAAAAGAUUUCCAUAAGUUUGAAGAGUUUCCAUAGCUUUUGUACUAAGGAAUGUUUUUGUGUGUCACUUGUCUUGUAAUUCAACAGUUAACAUGUUGUACUGCUUACAUGACAUCUUUAUUUCUUCAUUGAUAUCAUCUCAUAUGUUAAUACUUCGUUACAUUUUAAAUCCAUUAGAUUAUCUCCAGUUAAAAGAAAUUUGUUACGAUAAAAGCAACAUAGAAAACUUGGACAUUAUUAUUGUGUACUGGAGAGAGGGUGCUCAUACAUUCAAUUAUGUAUAUUAACUAAUGAUGUAUAUGGUAUGAAGAUUAACACAUAACAGCGAAUCUGAUGGCAACUUUCAGAUGUGCUAUAGCCCGUUGUCACACUAAUGGCACACAGUGACCAGUGUAAUCAAACGAAUCCUAUAAUAGAGAUAGCUUUUUUUUAGCUAUAGAAAUGGAGGAUAUUUUUUUGCCACAUCAGUUAUGCUGCAAGUAGUAAAUUUGAACUAUCGACGAGGUUAAGUAGGUCUGUUGUGAGAGUUGUGGUAAGUGUGUGCUUUGAGUGUUACGACAGUCUGGAGCAAACCUUCUGAGUACUUGCCUAGAGCUGUUUGCCUUGAUGCUCAGAGGGAUCCAUCCAGUAGGAAUAAAUAGACAGAUCAAAUUCAUACUGUAAUAGGAUCAUCAAGGUAGCUGGACUAAAGGUAAACUCCCUUCAUAUGAAAGGAUGAUUUGGCUGUGCAUGAUAUGAUGUCUUGGGGCUGUUAAUUGAUGUUCAAUAAGGUUUCUUACACAGGGAAUUUGUACUCCCUUCAGUGAAGCUCAUUGCAUGUAUAUUCUUUGUUGAAGUAAAUGUGUUUGUCAUAAAUGAAACUAUAGUCCAGCUAUUUAACUUUUGCAAUUAUUUUACAAAUUUGUAAUAUUUAAUUUAAACCUGGAUUAAAAAUGUUAAAUGAGAGCUAUAGACAUAUUGUCUGACAAGGAUAGACAAUGUUGGGUCUCCUUGAGUGUCUAGGUAGACAAAUUAUCCCUUGCUGACUCCACUUGCUUUGGUUUAAUGUGACCAUGUGUACAUAUUGUUUUAUAUUUAUUCCCAACAUCUCAAAUGGGGUGGGCUUAUAGAAAACUCCCAUGUCUGCUUGUUAUUAAUGAUAACAAUAAAUUCAGUCUUUUUUCA